AUGAAUGAACUAUGGACAAUAGACCUUUGAUCGAAUUUACAACAUCGCCAACAUUUUGGAAUUCAUCAUUGAAUGUAACCAAUUAUGACUACGAACCGUUCGCACUCAGAUAUGGGCUAGAGGCUACCAUUGCAUUAAGCGUUGCAUACAUUUUUGUCUUUAUCGCUGGCAUCAUCGGUAAUGUGGCAAUAUUUCUUACAGUAAGAAAGAGUGCCGACAUGCGCCGACUGACCACCCAUUUCAUAAUCAACCUAGCAGCUGCAGAUUUAUUGGUCCUAAUAUUCUGCUUGCCGUUUACGUUAGCUGCAAACAUAUUUCCAGCAUGGAUCUUCGGUGCAGUAUUUUGUAAACUCGUAUCUUAUCUACAAGGAGUUUCCGUUUCGGCUUCCGUUAAUGCAAUGAUGUUUGUAGCUGUUGAUAGAUAUAUGGCAAUAUCGUCACCAUUGGUGCCAAAGAAAUCGAAAAGGUACUACCUAAAAGCUGUGUUAGCUGUUUGGAUUACGGCAUUAACUAUAAACUUACCUUGGUUAUACGUAUUUGAGUUGGAGACAGUGGAAAACGGUAGUAAUAUAGAGAUUUGCACGGAGAUAUGGCCAUCACCAACGCAUGAAAAGCUAUUUUUCAUCAUUGCAAAUGUUCUGAUGUUUUAUUUGGGUCCACUGGUCGUGAUAUCGAUAUGCUACAUCCUAAUUUGGCAGAGUGUCAGACGAAGAAACGUUCCUGGCGAAUACAAUGAUCAGCGAAGCGUCAUUAAUUGUGUUAACAAAAGUCGGCUGAAGGUGGCGAAAAUGGUGUUCGUUAUUAUCCUAACGUUUGCAGUAUCCUGGUUUCCGUUAUACUGCGUUUUCGUUAUUGUAAAAUUUGGUGAUGAAUUCUUGCUGAACGAAAAUAUUCAGUCGACAAUUUAUGUCAUUGUACCGAUUGCUCAAUGGAUGGGAGCUGCCAAUUCCUGCAUAAAUCCAUUCUUGUUUGUACACAUGGAUACGCGAUUUCGGAUGAGAUUAACGAAAAUGAUAAGAAGAUAUUUCUUACUCAGAUGUUUUAAGAACGAAGAAGAAAUAAUUCUACAAAAUUUUAGCGGCAAAGCAUAUAAGUCAAGGGACCAUUUACACAAAGAUUUAAAUGAAUCAAGGGCGUAAUUAUCAACUAUCAACUAACGUUAUUUGAUGAAAAUGUUUACGAAAUCAUAGCCAAGGUGGAUAAAAAGUGUAAAGGUAAUGUCUCCCAACUACCCAA